ACUUGGAAAUUGGAGUUCAACUCCUUUAUAUUAGGAAGCAUCAUCAUGUCAAUAAUUAUCAUCAUCAUGUCAAUAAUAUUCAGUAGCAGUCGUUUUAAAAGACUGGACAAUUGAUGCUGUAUCGAGAGAAAAUACCACAUGAUCCAGCCGCUCCCGAGACCUGUGUCUGCAUGUUUGAAAUUCAGGACCCAAUGAAACAAUGGCAAACUUUUGAAAAGCUGCUUAACACCUAAAAAACAAACAAUGGAAGGAGAUGAGGACUCUGAUGAAGAUCUCACUGAUUAUGCAGUUCAGUUAGGCAUUCAGGAGUCCCUCAGUGCUGAACGGAGUCAGCAAAGGACUUUCCCCAGUCAUGAGACAAGGUUUGUACCUGUCAGUGAUCAAAACAGGAAACUUGUAGCUGCCAUAAGAGAAGGACAAGUGUAUGAUCUUCAAAACUAUGUGAAAAACAAAUAUGCUCUGGAUGAGGCUGAUGAGAGAGGCUGGUUUCCUUUACAUGAAGCUGCCAUUCAGCCAAUUCAGCAAAUACUUGAAGUAGUUUUGGAUGCAUCUUAUAAAAGUAUGUGGGAAUAUAAGACAUGUGAUGGAGAGACACCAUUAACUUUGGCAGCCAAAUCUGGCCAUGCGAAAAAUAUCAGGACCUUAUUGGCAAAGGGAGUUUGGCCAAAUACCAUGAACAGAAAAGGAGAAACACCUCUUCUGAUUGCGGUAAGACAGAGCUCACAUGAAAUGGUUUCCACUCUGAUUGAAUACAAUUGUAUCGUCAAUCAGCCAUGUGUAAAACGAUGGUCAGCAAUGCACGAAGCUGCAAAACAGGGCCGCAGUGAUAUUGUUGCCCUUCUUUUGAAGAAUGGUGGAAAUGUACAUCUGAAAGAUGGAUAUGGAGUAACACCUUUAGGUGUGGCUGCUGAAUAUGGCCACUGUGAUAUACUGGAGCAUCUAAUUCAUAAAGGUGGUGAUGUUAACGCUACAGCUGAUGAUGGCUCGUCAAUACUCUUUGAAGCAGCUGGUGGUGGCAAUCCAGACUGUAUAGCUUUGCUGUUGGAGUAUGGGGGAAGUGGCAAUUUGCCUAAUAAGGCAGGACAUCUUCCAAUACACAGAGCAGCAAAUGAAGGACACUAUCUGGCCUUGAAAUUCCUUAUUCCAGUUACAUCCAGAACUGCAAUCCGAAAAAGUGGGCAGAGUCCCAUUCAUUCAGCAGCAGAUGGCCAAAAUCCACAGUGCUUGGAACUUCUAAUUGAAAAUGGAUUUGAUGUCAAUGUUCUUCUGUCAGAACACAUUUCACAAAGUUAUGAUGAUGAAAGGAAAACGGCACUUUAUUUUGCAGUUUCCAACAAUGACAUUCUCUCAACUGAAAUACUGCUGAAGGCUGGCGCAGACCCCAAUAAAGAUCCUCUCAAUUGCCUUCUUGUGGCAGUGAGAGCAAACAACCAUGAAAUUGUACGGUUGCUUCUUUCUUAUGGAGCAAAUGUCAACUGUUACUUUAACCUUGUGAAUGACACCCAUUUUCCCAGUGCCAUUCAAUAUGCCUUGAAUGAUGAAGUUAUGCUAAGGUUGCUGCUUAACCAUGGGUACAAUGUGGACCUCUGUUUUGAUUGCAUACAUGGCAGUAUCUUUGGAAAUUCUUUUUUGUGGCCAGCAACAGAGGAAGAAGUAUUGCCAGGCUGGACAUCUUGUGUAAUUAAAGAUAACCCUUUCUGUGACUUUAUUACAGUCCCUUGGAUGAAACAUUUAGUGGGACCUAUUGUCCGCAUUUUGAUAGAUUACAUGGAUUAUGUUCCUCUCUGCACAAAACUUAAAUUUGUCUUGGAGACUCAAAAAGAAUGGCCAGAGAUCCAGCAAAUAUUAGAGAAUCCUCGUCCGCUAAAACAUUUGUGCCGCCUGAAAAUACGUAAAUAUAUAGGAUUAGUGAGAACAGAGAAGACUCUGUCCAUGAAGAAUCUUCCUCUUCCCCCAACUUUAACAGCGUUUAUCCUCUUCAAAGAAUACGAUCUUUAUGGAAGAGAAUUACAUUUGGAAUGAUAAUCAGAACCCUGGACAUAGUAUCUUGGCUAUUAAACUUAGCUAAGCUUUAGAUCAGAGUACCUAAACUGCCAAGUAUGCGAUUGUUUCUAAAGAUUUCCUUAUGCCCAUGGAAGAGGUGUUCUUUGAGUAUUUCGGGAGAAGAAUAAAACCAGCUCCAUUCUUCCAUUUCCAUUUGCGUCAUGGAAGCAGGAGAACUGCUGUCAAACUUCAUGCGUGUGAAUUCUUACGUAAACUUCACAUUUAGAUAUUUGCAGAACAGCACUAGUUUUCCUCCUGCCUACACAUCUUUGGUUGCAGUAUGUUUUCCCCCAACUUCUCCAUUUCUGAUACAUAAGAAAUAGAGGUGGUUCAUUUGUUAAAAAUUAGGGUUUUUAUCUUAGCACGUAUCAUAAUUAAAUUCUGGAUAUAUUCGUUCUUAACAGAAAAUAUUUCUUAUUAUGCAAUAUAGUGUGUGACACUAAAUUGUGGAAGAGUUAAAAGAGAUGUUAAGUGUUAUAUGGACUGUAUUUAGACAAGAAUCUUUUGCACUUUUUUCCUAUUUUUUAUGGCUUGCAAAUUGGAAGCACAGCAACCAUAUAAUUAAUUUUGUUUUAUUGUUAUUUUGCAGGGGAACUUGCUGUAUCUGAUCAAUGGGCAAGCUGUAUUAGGACAAAUACAGAUUUCUGUUUAUUUGACAUGUCCAUCUCAGCUUCUCCUCUAUAUACAUAUAUAAGUAUAUGUAUAUGCACACAGACAUAUACUGUACAUACAUACAAACCGUUCUUAUAUAAAGCCUGUUUGUUCACAAGUCCAUAACAUCUGAACAUAUAAAAGAGACUUUUGUUCUCAAGAGAUUAUGCUAAUUUCAACAUGCAUGGUGAAUUUUUUUAAAUUCUAGCAUGGACACGAUGCGUACAUGAAAAAUACACAAUAUUCCAGUUGAAGGGAACCUAUAAAAUGAAAGCCUGCAACUCAGGUGUGUACAACACAUUUUUGGAUUUGCCAUGCUGAUAUUAUUGGAAGAUACCGUUACCUAUUUAACCUCACAGAAUCUGUUCAGGUUUGGGAUUACUAUUUUUUUUUCUUGGAAAUCUUCCAAUUUCUUGUCACCUUACUGCAAAAUGUUUGCUGCAGGGGGCUGCACGGGGAGUGUCCCAAACAAUCAAAUAGUGCAAUCAAAGCUCCAAAUCAUUUGUUAUGUGCAACGCACCUAAAAAAAACAGGCAGUUCUGAUUGCACGGUUGUAGCAGCCAUCUUGACUUUUUUGACCAUACCCUGCAGACAUCCCAGUUCAGGGAAAGAAACACAAAUGAUCAAAGUGCAUUUCAAAGGAAAAAAGAUAUCAUACUGAUUUUAUACAUUGUACGCUAAAAUGGAUCAGAGGUUCAACUAAUGGUAGUAACACUGUUGUUAUAUAAAUGUGCCUGGAGGGUAAGGAAAGCAGUUUGCAUUUUACACCUAUCAGUAAGGUAUUGCUAGAGCAUCCUAAGUGAAAAAUGAGAAUACACAGUAUAUCUUGUAGGUUUUAUGUUAGCCCCUUCCUGUUGGCAUGUGCUUAAAUUAUCCCUACUGACAGCCCCAGAAGCAAUCUAGCUGGAUGAUCCACGGAGGAGGCAUGUGGUCAUAAUCUCUUGUUGACUCGUUGCCUGGUUUGGAGUGACUUUGGCUGGUGGAGAAGGCCAAAAUACCCAGCUCCAAGGUUGUUUGGGGCAAACAUGAAAUUCUUUGAAGGGAGGAGGGAUAAACCUAAAACAAGUCGAAAUUGGCACUGGAUUCUCUGCCCGGUGAUACGGAGAGAGAUGAAGGGCGGGGGCAUGAUUUCUGAUAUGAUAUUUCCGAUUCUUGGCUGACAUACAGGAAAGGUCUGUUUGUUUAUACUUCAUGCCAACGAUACUUUGUAGUGAAACAUCAGCCAGGUUGCUAUCGAAACCUUCAACCCCAAACAUAACAUUGCAAAGUCAGGAAUUCCCCACAAGUAUUAGCCUCUCUGUACAGGCCUGUGUUUCUAUGGGCAAGAGAAAGAGCUCAAUCAAUAUUUCUGGGUUAACAAAAAGUAUAAUUUAUUACAAUACAGUACCCUUAUUUCCGUACCCCACAAAGCUGAAUUUCCACCAAAAUACGGCUGUGUGGGUGGAUUUUAACAUGAAAGAAGUGUGUUUGGUGUUUUUAUCUUCUUUAAGUUUAAUCAAACACAAUGAAAUAAUCCCACUGUAAAGUUAUUGCUGGUCAUUUACUUAAUGAAAUUACAGCAGCACAAGACAUUUUGCUUUAUGCAUUAGAUGGUUUUACCUGGGAUUAAUCCUGCAAGUUCCUUUAAAAUGAAUUGAGGUUUCACAGUAACAAGGUCUAAUAUAUUAGUCCUGCAGCCACCUGAUCAGGGAAUGUGAAUUUUGAAGGAUAAUCUCCAUUUGUUCUUCAUAUCAUUCCUAGUACCAAACACCCAUUAUCUAAAAAUCACAGGCAGUUACUUAAUGUAUGACUUUGCAGCUGUUCAGAACUUGUUGAGCUCAAGCUUAAUGUGUAUAUAGAAAAUAUAAACAUGUAAAGUUAACUGCUGGUUACAAAUAAUAAUGAAUUUUGGAGAGCCUUGCAGUAAUGUUUUUAAAAACCCUGUGCUUUUAAUGCUCGCUCUGUGUAUCCGUGCUGUUACUGCCCUCAAAGGAUAUGAAAUUAGGUAUAAAAAGUCAGUUAGAAAGAUGUACGCAUUUUGAAACUCAAAUUAAUGUACCUGUUCACAGACUGAUUAAUGAUUAGCAGAUUAUCUACACAUUGUCUGUAUGUGAAGUAAUGAGUUGCAGACCAGAUGUGGUGUUCAUGCUGUAUGCCCUCUGAAGCACCUUUUCCAAUUUUUUUCUGAAGUGCUACCAAGCUUUACUAAAUUUUAUUUGGAGGUACUGGUACUUUGAAGCCACUGUGUUCUAACCUGCUAUGUUCUAUUCAAACGAACGCACAAUUAUUUAAUACAGUAUGGACAAAUUCGGGUGCACUUGUAUUUAAGAUUACUUUCAGGAUUUACAGAAAUGAUAAUGUUUUAGAUUUUGCAACUCAUCUAUAAAAUAAUGGUGGGCAGAAAACCAUUUUAAUGAAUUAUUUUUCAUUAGUACUGGUCUUUAACGGAAAUAGUUUCUUCUUUUCUUCUCUUCUUUUAGUUGGUGACAUAAGAUUUACAUUAGGGUUACAAUUAGAUAUUGCUUCAAAAGUUGGAAAAUGUUACAGUGAUAAUGAAAGGGUUGAUUAAAACGUGUUUAAAAAUUGCACCUAUUAGAAAUGUUUUAUGGCUGAUAGCAUUGCCCACAGCAAAAUCAGGUUUCUGAAAAGGCAGAAGAUUGGAAAUAAAAUAAUUUGUACGUGUAGAGAAAGCGAUGCUAU